AUGAACUCCCUCUCUUAUUUGACUGGGUCUUCACAACCAUCCACACCAAACGAGGAAGCUCGAUUUCCUUUCUCUGAUGGGAACUUACCAAAUGUUUCUGAGGAACAAGAAGUUGAGGUUGACUCUAAUAGCAGUGAUGCCGGCAGCACUCGCAAGGAUAGUCGCGAGCGGCUAGCUUUAAUAUGGAGAAUCGUAUUUUUUUUGCCCAUGUGGUUAAUAGUGAAGCCUAUAUCGUUAAUGUGGUUUGUGCUAACAUUUCCACUGAAUUUAAUUGAGCAUACUUCAUCCAAGGAUUCACACCCAUAUAACAAGCCGGCACUACCGAACUCGCAGACAAAGGACCUUUCAUCGUCACAUAUUACAGAAACGAAAUCUUCGGUCGAGCCAAUAGAAGAUGAUGAUCUACUAGGAGAGUCGCUAGUUUUGCAUGAAGACUCAAUUAAAUCGUCGCGGCCGUCGACUAGUCGAUCUAGUUAUACGUCUACGCGAUUAGGGAAAUUCUUGUUCCCCAAGAAGUUAAUCCCGCAAUCCAUUCUACAGACUGACAGGAAAAAGGUGUUAGUACUGGACCUGGACGAGACCUUAAUACAUUCUAUGUCCCGGUCGAACUCAUCGUCCAGUGCAAGCCAGGGCCAUAUGGUUGAGGUCAAAUUUUCGACAAGCGGUGUUUCUACCUUAUACUAUGUGCACAAGAGACCUUAUUGUGACCUGUUUCUUUCCCGUGUAUCCCGGUGGUAUGAUCUCGUGAUAUUUACCGCUUCCAUGAAAGAGUAUGCAGAUCCAGUGAUUGAUUGGUUAGAAGGCGGUAUUUCCGCACGGUUUAAACAACGAAGAUAUAGAUCAGAUUGCAUUUUGAGAGACGGCGUAGGAUACGUGAAGGAUCUCAGCAUAAUAUCGAAAAAUCUACAAGAUAUGAUAAUUGUGGAUAAUUCACCAAUAUCCUAUGCUAUGAAUGUCGAUAAUGCUAUCCAAGUAGAGGGUUGGAUUAGUGACCCAAGUGAUACUGGCCUAUUGAACUUAUUGCCGCUAUUAGAAGGUCUCCAAUUUACCACUGAUACAAGGAAUAUAUUGUCAUUAAAGAACGGCGAACGGGCAUUUAUGUAG